UUUUAUCAAAUUCAAUCAUUGUCCUCAGUCAAUCUGUUGUCAUAACAAGCUUGAAGGUUACGAUUUUUGUUUACUGUCGACCAAUAUUUUUAAAGUGAAAAUGGCAAAAACUAAACUACUGCGAGUUACGCAGAUGAACGCAAUUUACCUGGACAAGGAAAUUGAGAGGUCGUUUCAGCAAAUCAUCCAGGAUGCGAUCAAGCAUUUGCCUCCUGGACUAAUUUCUCCAGUAAGUGCAGAGAUCGACCUGCUAAUCCGUCUGGGGAUUGCUAAGUACUCGUUGCUGGAAAACGGGUCAACGUUUGGCCAACGUCUUUUCAACAUCAAAUACGACAAUCUAACAAACGUGAAAAAAACUCUUUAUAUUCUAUUUGGUAGUUUGGGGUACUUUCAAGGCAAGUGCGAGUUAUGGAAGCCUUCGCACGCUAUCGCAAGGCUUAUUUUCAAAAUUGGCGUCGUCAUUAAAGUGCUCGAUUUUUUGAACACUUCACUUUUCUUAAGAUAUGGAGUAAAACCUCUUCUGGUUGAAAGACUGUUAGGGCUAAACCAAGUAUUUGCUACCGAAACCCCGGCGCGCAAUUUCGAGUCCAAAUACUUAGCAAGGGAAUUGCUUUGGAAUGGAUUCAUUGAAAUCCUUGUCUAUAUGAUUCCUUUGAUCAAUUAUCACCGACUAAAGCGACAGAUUAAGGAAUAUAAUCCAUUUAGUAGAAAAAAAGCCAGCACCGUCACUGUUAUAAAGAAUCCACAAAUAACAUUGAACACGAAAUGUGGCCAUUGUGGGCAAAGUCCUAUUUUACCUCAUCAUAUGGGCUGUGCACACAUCUACUGCUACGUAUGCUUAAAAGGAAAUCAAACUGCGGAUCCUAAAUAUCAAUGCUCCAUAUGUGAACAUAGUAAUGCAAAUAUAUUAUGUGACCCAGUAAAUGCAUAAACAAUAAAAAA